AUGGCAUCACCGAGGAGCAAGCUAUGGACAUUGGUCCUCUCCCUCAGCUUGCUCCUAGUCUUCUUUACCGACUUCGCCCAUGCUUCCAUCGGCGACAGACUGCCAGAGUUUGGCCAAUGCCUUGAAAUUUGCAAGACGGAGAACUGCGGCACUGGCACCGCACACACUCCCAUCCCCCUCCUCCACCGCCUCCUCCUCUGGAACUGCGCCAGCGAAUGCGACUACAGCUGCCAGCACAUCAUCACCAACCGCCGCGUCCAGUCCGGCCACCCCGUCGUCCAGUUCCACGGCAAGUGGCCCUUCCACCGCUUCCUCGGCAUGCAGGAGCCCCUCAGCGUCCUCUGGUCCCUCGGCAACCUCCUCGCCCACUGGGACGGCCUCCGCAAGGUCCGCGCCUCCAUCCCGGCCUCCUACCCGCUCCGCCCCUUCUACGUCGCCCUCGCCCUCGUCGGCGUCGCCUCCUGGUCCUUCAGCGCCCUCUUCCACACCCGCGACUUCCCCGCCACCGAGCAGCUCGACUACUUCGCCGCCGGCGCCAACGUCCUCUACGGCAUGUACUACACCCCGAUCCGCAUCUUCCGCCUCGACCUGCCCACCCCGCGCCGCCGCUCCUUCCUCCGCGUAUGGUCCCUCCUCUGCGCCGCCCUCUACCUCCUCCACGUCGGCUACCUCAAGGGCAUCCGCUGGGACUACACCUACAACAUGGCCGCCAACGUCGCCUGCGGCAUCGUCCAGAACAUCCUCUGGAGCUGGUUCAGCUACGACAGGUACCGCAAGUCCAGGCGCACCUGGGCCAUCUGGCCCGGUCUCGUCGUCUGCUGGGUCAUGUUCGCCAUGAGCAUGGAGCUCUUCGACUUCCCCCCCUGGUUCGGGACCGUGGAUGCUCACAGCAUGUGGCAUCUCAUGACCAUUUUCCCGACCAUCUUAUGGUAUAACUUCUUGGUCAAAGAUGCACAUGAUGAUAUGGCCGGAAGCGAAAGAUUAAAAAUGUAG